AUGGCCCUUCCCGCCUUUAAUGUCACUGCCGCCACCACUCCGCCAUCGCUGUCGCCGCCGCUACAACUCCCCCAGCUCCAUAAUAAAAACUCCGCCUCCGCCGCCACCUACCGCAGCAAUAAUGACUCUACAGCUUCAUGGACCUCGUUAAUUGCCCGUCACUGCAAAAACGGCCGUUUAAUCGAGGCGGUUUCCGAGUUCACUCGCAUGAGGAAUUCCGGCGUUGAGCCUAACCACAUUACCUUCGUUACUCUUCUCUCCGGCUGUGCUCAUUUUCCUGCUCAAGCUCUGUCUCUUGGCUCUGCUCUUCACGGGUAUGCUAGAAAACUCGGGUUGGAUACUCAGAAUGUGAAAGUGGGUACUGCUGUUAUUGACAUGUAUUCGAAGUUUGGACUUGUGGGGCUUGCGAGAUUGAGUUUUGAUCAUAUGGGUGUUAAGAAUAAGGUGACUUGGAACACCAUGGUUGAUGGUUACAUGAGAAAUGGGGAUUUCAAGAAUGCGGUUAAGGUGUUCGAUGAAAUUCCUGAGAGAGAUGUUAUUUCCUGGACGGCUUUGGUUGGUGGAUUUGUCAAGAAUGGGCUUUUUGAAGAAGGUUUAGUAUGGUUUCGAGAAAUGCAGUUAUCUGGGGUUGAGCCUGAUUAUGUAACGAUGAUUUCAGUGCUUUCGGCUUGUGCUAAUUUGGGUACUCUUGGUAUAAGCCUAUGGCUACACCGGUUUAUCCUGCGACGUGAAUUUAAGGAUAAUGUUCGUGUUAAUAACUCGUUAAUCGACAUGUACUGUAGGUGUGGAUGCCUAGAAUUGGCGUGUCAGGUGUUUGAUAGAAUGACCGAGAGAAGCUUGGUUUCGUGGAAUUCAACCAUUGUUGGAUUAGCAGUCAAUGGGCACGCGGUAGAUGCUCUACAAUAUUUUGAUUUGAUGCAAAAUGAAGGUUUUCAACCGGAUGCAGUGACCUUUACAGGAGUUCUCACGGCAUGUAGCCAUGCUGGUUUAGUCGAAAAAGGGUUGAAGUAUUUCAAAGCAAUGAAGAGAGUUCAUAGGAUUACUCCUAGGAUUGAACACUACGGGUGUAUAGUUGACCUUUACAGUCGUGCUGGAAGACUGGAAGAUGCAUUAGGCAUUAUUAAGAAUAUGCCCAUGAAGCCAAAUGAAGUUAUAUUGGGGUCUAUAUUAGCUGCUUGUCGAAAUCUUAGCGAUGUAAGAUUAGCUGAAAGGCUAAUGCAUUAUAUCUACAAAUUGGAUCCGGAUGGAGAUUCAAAUCACGUGCUGCUUUCUAAUAUAUAUGCUGCAGUGGGAAGUUGGCGUGGAGCUAGUACUGUGAGGAAGAAAAUGAAGGCACUCGGGAUUCAAAAGAGACCGGGAAUUAGUUCUAUUGAGGUUGAUGGUGUCCUUAAUGAAUUUGUGGCCGGAGAUAGAUCACAUAUACAUGCAGAGCAGGUUUACGCAAUGCUUGAGCAUUUGUCAGGUGAGUUAAAAGUGUCUGGAUAUGUUGAAGAUGAUUUUAGUGAAUUAUAUGAAUGUGGUUAAUUACUUUCAU